AUGGGGAAGACGAAGGCAGGAACAGCCACUUUCUUUUUACUUUACAUCUCUACCAAUACAGAGUUGAACGAGGAGGUAAAGGAGGGGUUGCAGGUGGUCGAAGUCGCCUUCAUCUCUUCGAUUUGGGAAGCUGUGACAAAAUAGCGACCAAACCUCGUGACGUAGGUUGUCUGUCUUUGUCUGCACUCGGGAAUGUCAUUCUCGCUCUGUUCAAUGGACAAAAACACGUGCCUUAUAAGGAAAGCAAGCUCACUCAGCUGCUCAAAGAAGCCAUGAGCAGUCUGACGUGUCGAGUGGCCAUGAUUGCUCAUAUCUCGUCCCAACCCAGUCACUACUCGGAAAUACUGGGAACUAUCCAACUGGCAUCCCGAGUACAUAGGAUGCGUAGAAAGAAGAUAAAAUAUUCAAAUGUGCCUAUGGAUAGCACUGAUGAGAAAGGAGCUUGUGUCCGUCCCUAUGUCCGCAUGCACGCUGAAGAUAAUGUCAAAUCAGGCAGUAGUGAUCCUGAUUAUACGUCGAGCAGCGAACAGUCAUGUGAUACAGUAAUCUAUGUCGGUAACCUAACUCACAAUGAUAGAGAUUUUACCGAUAACGAAGGUCCACCAUCCGCUCUACCCAUAGUUCCUAAGACAAAACAGUCCCAGCCACAAAGUAAGUCCUCUCAUACAAAUGAAACAACGUCAACACUUGAAAGAAAAAGGCACAAUUCUUUUAGCAAAACACAGUCAGGUACCGAUGAUCAACGUAGAUCUGAAGAGAAAUCCUCCGGCGUUCCUCAUGCUUCAACGGCGGAUACUGGUACACAUCAUUCCUGCACAACUAAAACUAGUAAAGCAGACAAGACUCAAAUUACUUCAAAAAAUUCUCCACUGCUGCAACGCCAUCAACCAGCCAGCACCCAAACUCUUCAGACAGAAAGCACGUCUCAUAUUAAAUCUGCACAAAACAGUCCCAUUCACGCACAGAAAAAGACAAAACAUCGUACUUCUCAAAGCAAGCAAGAUCAGUCAACGGAUGCGGAACAGUCUGCUUCUGGAAGUAAAGGUCAAGUAGCUGGAAAAGGACCAAAACCACAAAGUGACGAGACGUGGAUUGAUGGACCGCGAUUCGUGAAACCUAAAUUCGAUUCCAAAACAUUACAUCAACUUCAAAAGGAACAAUGGGUAGAUGGACCUCCUAAUAUGUAUGGUUUUAUGGAUCAUCAUAAACAAAAUAUGAUUCAAAGAUGGAUCGAAGAACAUUCUAGACAAAUUCAAAACACAACGAAGAAGAAAAGCAACGAGGUUUGGAUAGAUUAUCCACCAGAUGGAACCGAAAAUAGCAGUUCCACGCGCGAAAUCCAUAAAAGCUUAUCGGAUGUAUCUAACCUCGCUGGUUCAAAAGAGGAGAAAUCUUGUGUAAAAGACAGAAAAACCAGCGGUGUUGGAUGCUCAUCUCAUAAAACAGAACCACAAAAGACACUUUGUACAAGUGAAAGCAUUUCUUUUCCACUUGAAUGCGAAAAUGCUGAAGAUGAAGCUGAUAGUGCUAGUAAUUCUGCGGAUGUCGAUGAGACAGACAACGAAGAAAACGCGGAGGCGAGUGGUUAUGAUUCAGAUUUACACAUUCUACAGAUAGGACAAAGUGAGAUGCAAUAUCAGUCCUUACAUAUGUCUUUAUGCUCUAAGAAUCUCGAAGCAGAUUUAGAUGAAGGUCUGGAAACGAUAGAAGUCACAGAACCUGAUGAGCCCGUUCCAAUGGUAGAUUCGUGUCUUCAAGUUACAGAAGAAGAUAUCAUUGCGGAAUACUGGAUGCAGUGUAGAAGAAAAUCUUCAGAAAAUCCUCUUCCUGAAGUAGAUCAAAGCAGCUGCGACAGUAAAGAACAUCCCUUAAGAAUACUUAGUGAAGAAGAUCUUAAUCUUCCUUCUUCUUUUACUGAUUCACGUUCCGUUAGCGUGGAUCUAGACAGCAUAAGUGUUCCAGACACAUGUCGGGAAGGUGUUAGAGGAAAAGGAGCUGUAACGUGGCGUCUACUUUAUGGUAACAUGUUUCAAAGAAUUAAAGAACAGCAACAACAGAGGCAACGUCGAAUUAUAGAAGAUCUCACUUCUGUAAGUAAUAGUGAAAUUAAUGAUAAAUUAGAAAGGAUAGCUAAAUUGCGUGAGCUUAUCCAACCUUUAACUAGACACCGAAAUCAAACUCAAAUAGAAUCGAUUUUUAAAACUUGCCCAGUUACUCGGUUAGCAUCAUCAGGUUCACGUUAUACAAUGUCAGAAAUGCUGUGUGCAAGUACAGACUCAAGUAUGGAAGAUUUAUCAGCAGCUGAAGUGACAAGUACGCAGAGUGAGCCAGCUGAUCUCGAUAUCGAUAAAUACGAUUACAAACUAAAUAUUAAACCAAUGAACGGUUUAAAACUAGAAGCAUUUUAUAAAAAAAUACAAAAAGUUCCCCCUUUUCUAGAACAAUAUUCGUCAAUAAAACCCACUCAGGUUGUUCCUCCAUUAGCAUACGAACAUGAUAACGCAUUUUUGUUAAAAAAGGAAGAAAUUCAAAGGUCAGAGAAUAUUGAAAUGCAAAAUAGUUCGAGUUAUAAACAGUCGUGUAGUGCGUCUUCUCAGAAACCAGCAAUCGAAGGCUUUCGACAAGAUGAAAACAGUGCAAAGUUGCAAGCAAAUAUUAGGCAAACAAGUUCUGUUUCUCACAUACAUAAGCCCACUUCUACAAGUAAUCUUCAAAAAGAAUCGACAAAACUUAGCUCAUCUGAAAAUAUUACUUCAAAUAAAACUCAAAAACUUAACACGGAAACUAGUUUAGAUGAUAAGAAAAGUUUAGAUCGCAAAGAUUCCAAAAAGUCAACAGAAAUAAAUGAUACUACAAAACGCAACGAUACCAAAAAUAAUUCUAGGAAUGUAUCAUGUAAGGGAAUCGAUUUAAGUCAAUUAACUGUUGGACAAUCCCCAAGCAUUUCGUCUAAAUCUAGAACACACAGAGGUAAAUCAAAAAUGAAUGAUAUACAAAGCAUCCAUUCACAGCAACCACUAACGCAGUCAUCAUCUCCUUCACUAUGGAGCAAAGAUUCUUCAGUAUCUUCAUCACCAGCCAAAGUGCCACAUAGGACUGGAACGCAUACAGGUAGUUCCAUCCGAAGUCCAAAUAAAUGUCACAUUAGCAACGGUAACGGUAACAACAAAGUCCCGAGGACAAUUAAUAAUGGGGCUUGUAAACAUCCUGCACGAUCGAGUCCAACUAGUAGCAGUACAUCUGGUAUUACAACUAUGUGCUGCUCAACAAUGAAACAAAAAGAUAAAACUUUUUCACCAAAAUGUAAACCUUUUUCGAGCCACAGUAAACAGAAGCAAUCAAUACAAGAGAGUAGAAGGUCACAGAGGACUAAAAGUAUCUGCAGGAGCACUAGCUCACCAAGCACAUGCGCAGACAGCGGUGAUACAGCACUUACAGACUUCACAGAUAGUGAACAUUAUCACGUCGUUCGGCAUGCUAGUGUUUCUGGAACUCUGGCAUCUCCGUACUAUAAAGUCCCACAGGUGCAUGUAAGUCAUCAUCACCACCAUCACCACCAGAGGACAAGCAGCGGUCACGGCAGCGAAAGCAGCGUAAAUAGUAUUGAACCGAGAGAAGCCAAGGAACUGCUACUGAAAGGGGCCAAAACACAACAGUUUUCAGGAACAAGCAGUGGCUAUGAAAGUAUGCUUCGAGACAGUGAAGGAACACCUCUUUCAUCAAGCCAGGAGUCUGGAAAUGAGGAUACCAUGGACAAAGGAGAAAGAGGGCGUAAAGGAAGAAGAAAAUCACAAGGUUCAAGCAAGCGAAGCUUAUCUGCUCCAGCUCGUAGUCCACCAUCUCCAACAGGUCCAUCACCUUCAACGGCGAUCAACCAACAGCCAUUGACAAGCGGCAGAGGUUGUCGCCGAGGAGACAGAUCUCUACACAGGUCUGAUGAAGAAGUGUGCUGCACAAGUCUACUCUGCUGUCGACUACUGGAUUUUUAUUGAAAAUACCUUUGAUAUAUAAUUCACCAACAGUGCCAACUUUAAAUUUCCGCUCCAAAAUAUUAAAGUUAUCUACUUAUGACUCAGAAUCACACAGAGCUACAAGAAAUAAAACAUUUUUCAAUAAUUCUGCAACUUCAUAGGUGAAGUGGGAAGAUUGUUUGUAUGUAGAAAAUGACACAUUUUGUAACAAAAGUCCUGAUGAGUGAGAAGAUUUGUUUUAAUGAUUUGUAAUAAUAAUAAAUUAAAACAUAUUUAAAAUUA